GCCCAGCCAAAAUUACACGACAACAGACUCUAAACUGUAUUAGGGUUAGCGUGGACUGGGUAACCAAUCAACAGAAGAAAGUGGAUACCUUUGCCACCCGGGCUGCAAGAAAAGUGGCCAGUGCAUUCGCUCAGAGUGUGUCUGGUGCUCGUCUUGAUGUGGGUGUGGCCCGGGGUCCUGCCUCUCGCGUGCAGGAAACCCCUGUAGGCCACCCCAGUGCCCCCCCAUCCACCCACCAUUUCCCUCUGACCAACCCAUUUGCCCGCUCCGAUUGCUCUGUCCCUCUCCUCCCUCGCCUCUCUCCUACUUUACCUCUCAACCUACCCAUCUCCUCGUCCCACCAAAACCACCACCAAAACCUAUCCUCCCCCCCAAAACCAAAAAAAGGCGUUUCAACAAGAAUCACCACCACGACACAACACACACGACCACAACGAUUAUUCCCAUCUAAUUCGGUUCAUUUUGGCAAUCAAAUCCACAACGCCGUCCACCUCACUUUUCGCCCUCGGUUAGCCCGGUUUCAUUGUUAUUGUUUCAAAAUUGCAGCUCGGCUUCCGCACAAAACCCUCGCCACAUCCACAACCAGCACCGCAACCACCGCCUCCAGACUCACCAUUCGACCCCUUCACGACGACGACGCUUUUUGGCUUGAGAGUGUCAACACCAUUCAUAAUGUCUUCCUACUAUCAAUUGCACCAGCAGCAUCCAACACCUGCCACAGCCCCUGCCGUCUCGCACACGCACCAUGGCGGCCGCAACCGGAGAGCCCCCAGGUUAUCGGUCUCGCAGCAUCCCCAGAAGCAGUUUCGCGGUGUGCGCAGCAUGAAGGAGUUGACCGAGUCGGUAAACUUGUCUAGCUUUCGGUCAAGAUUCGAGGCCUGCCGGUCCUUUGAUCUGGAAGACGACAUGGAGUUCUGCCCAGGCCUGUUGACCGAGACUGAUCUCGUGUCGAUAAACAGCUCGUCUUCGGAGCGUUCUUCGCUGGCAAGCAACUCGCCCCAAGGGUCGCCCACUCAGCAGCCCAUCCAGGUCGCCCACUACCCUGUCCAGACCGGCUCGCCAGUGUAUGCUCCUCCAUACCAAAGCCACUCUAGCAACCUCAAGAUCCACCAGCCUGCCGCUACCCGUGCCCGCAACGCCAUCCCCAUCGUCAACCCUGCUACCGGCAUCACCAUGUCGAGCCCACCUCCUUCGGUCUCUCCCGCCCGGAUGCAGCCGCAAAACAUCGGCCGGCGGUGGUAAGUUGGGGCUGUCGUCUCGCUUCCGCUGUGACGCUAGACGAGAUUGAAAGCCCCGACUGCAACGCCGUCGUCGUCGGUGCAAACUACGAACAUUGUAAAAUUACUUGCAUGCGCACAUUCGUUCCGAGCAGCUGUUCAUCUUAGCGGGCACCGAAAAGAAAAGCAAAGUAGCAGGCAUCGAUUCUUCUUUUUUUAUUACCACCUUCCCUCUGGCAGGCAGGGGGCGACAACUUCACCAUGGAUACUCGACUUCCUUGCACAACCCCCUCACGAUACCCUUAUCACCUGUACAAAACAACAUCCUUAAUCGACUCUUGUGCGACUUGUUUCGAAGCGGAAAAAACUUUUGACUUUUGGGAUGGCGCGAUGAAAGAAUAAUCGAUACCUCUUCGUUUGUUGUUUCUGAUACCACAAAACGUAUAUUAUUUUCGGGCCGGUGUUUCCGACCUCGAAAGAUGAGGGCUGCGGUUUUGUUUUGCGGUUUACAACGAAUGGGCGUUUUUCAGGUGGUUUUGCAUCAUCAAGCCAGCUUCAUUGUUUUUGCAUCGGUGUCUCACGACGGAGUUUCACAGCGGUCUUCACUUUCUGGUUCUUUUUCUCGAUACCAUACAACAUUUUGGGCUGGCGUCAUCUCUUUUGCGUCUCGUCGUUACGGGGAAGCGACGACUUUUCAGUCUCACGAUAAAAAAACGUCAUUACGGUCUCACGGGUCUUUACGAGUUCAUUACAAAGAAAAGAAUAUCGACAUAUAGAGUGGCCCGGGGGUCUCUCCUCGGCCGUCUGUUUGGGGCUGGUUGGGGGUGCUUUUUCUCUCUUCUUGCAACCUAGGUGUUCUGAUCUUUGGGUGGUGCGGGUUUUACAACAUGGGCGAAAUAUCUUUUUUGGGGGAGGUCUGGUCGGCAAAGACAUUGCGGUUUUGUUGGUUGAGAAAUUUCUCGGACGAAGGAAAUUGGGGAAGGGUGGAGUUGGUUGUGUUUUUGUCUGUUUCAUAUUGUUGUCUAUUGUGGCUAUUUUUUGGCCUCCUCUCUUGUACCAUUGGGGUUGGGGGGGCUUGGGUGGCAUUCGGCGGGCGAAUUGUUCACCCAUUGAUAUCCUCUUAUUUUUUGUUGACUUGGGAUUUUUUUAUUUUUGUCAAGGGCCUUUUUUGCAUCUCUGGACGGGUACACUACUGGGCGCGCGGAAAUCAAAUGGUGGGCGGGGUGAAAGCACAUAACUUUUUGUUUUCUGGGUUCCCCUUUGCGGGGCCUUCUCUCUAUGGAAAGAUAUCUUUGUCGUAUCUUUUGCUUUGGGGUGUAGGCGUCUUGUAUUUGGGAAAGCGGCCGCUGUCUGUUGUGUGUGUGUUUGUGGUGUGUGCGUGUUGGUUUUGAUAGUGUCUACCUAGCCUGGGUUGGUUUUGGUGGGCUCUCUAUUCUAUCGGUGGUGUCCAGCGUAUUUUUUUUUCGUCCCCCAGUUUUUGGGUUUAGGACGAAGAGGGGGCGUUGUGUUUGCCAAGAUAUGAAUAACUUUUUCUUGUGAUUAUGGGAAAUCUUGAACAUUGGCCGUGGGUAUAUGGCUUCUUCGCUCUGAUUACUGGUUCCAAUUUUGCUUGAUAUGAUGUGUGUCUAUCGGUUGUUGAGAGGUGUAUCUAACCGCCAGUUCUCAAUGCAUAGGCAGUGAUCAUGUCCCUUUCGAAGUUGGGUAAGAACCUACUGAAGUCUGUAUCCUCGUUGUUGCUGCGGGUGGAGAGGUGGAAUAAUACGCCACGUGGUCGGGGCAGCAUGCUGGCGAGCGGGGACGAAGAGGUCAGCUGAGUUGCUGGUGGGCGAAUCAUGAGUUUAUGGAGUCGGAGAGGAACAUGAGGAGCAUUGAAGGAACUGCAGAUCUAAACUGAAGGUUGAUGGAAACGGUGGGUUUGGCGCAAACGGUCACGGUUGAGGUGAGAUGGGUUAGGAUCCUCAAGGUCGGGUCUUUUACGGCGUAAAGAGACUCCGCUGGUUGGGUAUAUUUUAUGGAGUAAUUUUGGAGAUGAUGGUCGGGGGAAGUUUGGGUCAUUUUGGUGGUUGGGUUGUGGUUGCUGUGGAUGUGGUUGAUGUGUGGGUGGGAAAAGGGGCUCAGGGGGUGGUGUUUUCUAUGGCUGUGGCACAAAGAUACCACUAUAGGUACCUUUAUUCUUAGAGACUCUCUAUAAGGAUCAUGCUGCUUUGUAUGUCUUUUGUGAUUUUGCUGCAAGUGCAAUAGUUUUUAUUCUUCAUUGUCAGAUGUGGUCAGGGAAGUGAAAGUCAUCCUGGUUUUGAAGAUCUAUAUGUAGGUUCUCUUAUCUGACUUUUGUCCGAGUUGGACGGGGGAGUAUCUUGGUGUUCUCUCUGCUGGCUGACCUCGGGCUGGGGGUGUGUAUACUGAUGCGAAAGGGUGGAGAUCAUGUCUUAACGUAAAGGCUCGGGGCCUCUGUCUUUGGUUAUCUUGCUAUGUCAUGGUAUACCUUUUGGGAGGUAGGAUUUUCUGUUGGGGUGCUCUUGGUAAGCUUGGAAGCAGGUAUUGAAAGCUGGGGUUGAUGUACGGUAAGUGAUACGAGAGGUAAAUCUAGUUCCAGCUCGUCC